AUGAGAAAAACACUAUUCAAGAGUGUCGCUAAAGAUGAGGAAGAUAAACUUAAAAGAGAGUUAGCUGAGAAGAAGAAGUUGGAUAAUUUGGCUAAGAAGGGCGCUGUUAAAACCGCGCCAAAAAAGAAAAGCAAACUUGGUGCCAAGCCGGUUGAGGAUGAUGGCCAAGUUGUUAGAAGAGGCUUGGCUAAGGAUGGUGCAAGAUCCAAUUUGCAUGAGCUUUCUUUCUUGCACAAACCUGACGUAAUUUGCAUUGCAGAGCCGCAUGUUUUCUGCAAUGUACGUUUUGUUAGGUCACUUAAAUUGGUUGAUUUUUGUGAAGAUGUUAUUACAAAUGAGGUUGAUGGAGAAAAAGAUUUUAAUUGCAUUUUACGCCCGGAGGAAAAGAAGGGAGGAAGGCUGAUCAAAGAGGUUUAUAUGAAUGAGUUUCGUAGCUGGAAUUAUGACAAUGGUUUGGUUGAGGCUGAUGCUAUUGGUUUUAUGCAGUUGGUUGGGGGGAACUGGAAUUUGGAUCUUAAUGGUGCUCCCCCUUUUGUUUUUACUUCUAAGCUGAAGAGAUUAAAGGAGGUGUUGAAGAUUUGGAACAUAAAUAUUUUUGGAUAUGUGCAAUUUCGCUUGAAGCAGGCUGAAUUGAAACUUGAAACUGAGAAUGAUCUUCUUGAUUAUGAUCCUGCUGAUGAGUUUCAAUUCGUCAAGGUUGUGGAUGCCAAAAAGGUUGUUGAUGAUGUGAGAACAGAGUUGGCAAUUAUGCUUAAGAUGAAGUCGAGAGUAACUUGGUUGGAGGAUGGUGACCAAAAUACUCGUUUCUUUCAUAAUAGCAUCCGUAUGAGGAGAAGUCAAAAUACAAUCUCGGAGCUUAAGGUUUCUAACGAUACUACUUUGUUUUUGCAGGAUGAGAUAAAGGAUUUCAUUGUUAAUCAUUAUCAGGCCAAGUUCAAUGGUGGUGACGUUAAUAUUGAUCCAGUUUUAUUUGAUAUUGAAGAUGAGAGCAUUUCAGUUGCUGAGAGUGCUUAUAUGGAUGCUAUACCAUCUUUGGAGGAAGUUAGAGUGGCGGUUUUUGACUUGGGAGAUGAUUUUGCGCCUGGCCUAGAUGGCUUCACAGGUUCUUUCUAUAGACAGUGUUGGGACAUUAUUUCUAGAGAUCUCUUUAAUGCCAUUACAAACUGUUGGAUUGGUACUGUGCUAAAUAAGCUGAUCUCUGAAGAGCAAGUGGCGUUUAUGAAGGGUAGAAACAUACAUGAGAAUAUAGCUUUGGCAUCUGAAUUGAUCAAUGAGAUUAAUACGGAAAGGAAGCAUGGAAAUGUUGGCCUCAAAUUGGAUAUUGCUCAAGCUUUUGAUACAGUAAGUUGGGAUUUCAUAGCUGAAGUUUUUCGUCAAUAUGGCUUUUCUGAUUCUUGGUGCAUGUGGGUUCUUAAUAUCCUUAGCUCAGCUCGGAUUUCUGUCAUGAUUAAUGGCUGCCCUGAAGGUUAUUUCAGUAUUACUAGAGGUCUGUGUCAAGGUGAUCCUCUAUCACCUUUGAUCUUUGUUCUUAUUGAAGAUGUUUUAAGUCGCAAUAUUUCAAAGUUGUUUUCAAAUCAUAGUAUGAAUGUUAUGGUUAGUAAAAAAGGUGUGGCGCCUACACACUUGCUUUUUGCGGAUGAUAUCCUUAUAUUCUGCAGAGGUAAUCUUCAUAGUUUGCAAAAUUUGAAGAAUAUGCUUGUUUUGUAUGAACGUGCGUCUGGCCAGUGCGUAAACUAUGCAAAGAGCAAGUUUUAUUUUGGAGGUGAUAGAAUUUCUCGUGCUAUUGAUAUUUCUAACUAUUUGGGUAUGGAGAGAUCUAUGUUUCCAGAUAAAUACUUAGGUAUCCAAUUGAAACCUGGUAUUGUUCGGCAUAUUCAUGUUCGCCAAGUUUUUGAGAAGAUUAUGGACAAGCUGGCUGGCUGGAAAGGUAAACUUUUAUCAUUUCAGGCGAGGCUUGUGCUAAUUAAGUCGGUGAUUUCUAGUUAUCUUAUUCAUUUUAUGGUUGUUUAUAAAUGGCCAUGCAUGGUUAUUAAGCAAGUUGAGAGGGUCAUUAGAAAUUUUCUUUGGUCAGGUGAUGCUGAGAAACGUAAAUAUUUUACGGUUCUAUAUGAUGAUCUAUGUCUCUCAAAGCGUGAAGGUGGUCUUGGCAUUAAGAAGUUAAAUGAUGUUAAUAGGGCUAUGCUAAUGAAGCUUUGGAUUUCUAUUCGGGAUUCAAACAAGAUUUGGGCCAGAUUUUUGAGGGCUAAAUACUUUAAGAUCAAUGGCAAUCUAAUAAAUUAUAAGUUGAGUUCUUCGGUUUUUCCUGGAAUUCGUUUGGUUUACAAUUUCGUGCAGAAGCAUACACGCUCAAUUAUAGGCCCUAAUGAUUUUAAGGCUGAAGUAAGUGACAUCAUUUUUGAUGGUGUUUGGGUUAUUCCUGAUAAAACAAGAGAUUUGAUGAUUCGUUGUAAUAUUAAUGUGGAAACUUUGCCUGUUAUUGCUGGUGGUGAGGAUUAUAAAAUUUGGGAUUUAGAUAGCAAAGGCGUUUUUUCAGUUAAGUCGGCUAAGGCCGCUCUUAAGUCGCCUGCGGAAGUUGUGCCUUGUGCAAAUCUGUUUACUAGACAGGUUGUGCACCCUACCUUGAGUGUGCAAUACUGGAAGAUUUUGGCCAAGCAAUGUUGUGCUAGUGAAGACAAUAUUAUUAAGAAGACAGGUAAGAGCAUGCCUACUAUGUGCCGGUUAUGCAGAAAAAGUUGCGAAACUCUUAGCCACAUCACUUGGCAUUGCAGAGUUGCUAGGAUGAUUUGGGCUUGGGUGGCUGGAAUUUUCAAGUUGGAUCCAAGUGAAGACCUGGUGGACUCGUAUAAGGCUGCUAAGAGUCGAAGCAGAAUGAUAAAGGACCUGUGGUUAGUUGCAAAUCUUGCAAUUGUCACGGAGUUAUGGAAGUUACGUAAUAAGUCUUAUUUUGAUAAUAUGGCAGUUCAAUGGCUGGGCUUUAAAGGGAGAGUUUAUCAGGUAAUUCGUGAUAAUUCAAUUAGAAUGAAAGGCCAUAUGCAUAAUACUUUAGAGGAGUUACGCAUUCUGAAUUAUUUCAAGGUGCAGCAUAGAUCAUGCAAAACGUCUACCCCAAUUGAGAUUAGUUGGACUCCUCCUAAUCAAGAUGAAAUCAUGAUCUGUUGUGAUGAUGCAUCUUUCGAAAACCCGGGCCAAGCUGGUUCAGGUGUUGUUUUCCGUGAUGCAAGUUCGGAGGUGCUUGGUGUUCUUUGUGUUGGACUUGCUUGGCAAACAAAUUUCUAUGCGGAAGUUUGUGCGAUUAUUUAUGGUGCGAUUAUGGCUAAGAGAUGGAAUAUGCGGAGUAUUUGCAUUCGUUCGGAUUCGAAGAGUUGCAUUCAAGCUUUUCAAAAGGGUGAGCUGCCUUGGCAACUGGUGCAGAAGUGGAAAAUUGCGAAGUCUUACUACAUCAACGUUCGUUAUAUUCAUAGCUAUAGGGAGGUUAAUUUUUCAGCUGAUGCCUCGGCCAAGCAAGCCUGUUUGCUGGCUGAGGAUAUUUUUGAGUUUUUGAGGGUAGGCCAGGUUUUAUUCCAUCUGUGGAAUGGCCUGGAAUGGUUUAUUAUCGUUUCAAAUAGGUUUUCCAGUGAGUGGCUUCACGGCUAG